UAAUCGAUUCCAAACGUCGGAAGACGAAGGGAGACCAGAGAGACUUUCAAUUGGGGAUUUCUGAGAGGAGCGAGAGACAAAACAAAAAAAAAAUAUCGUAAUCCAUGGCGGUUCCGAUGUGUUCCAAGGCUUUCACCUCCUUCGAGUGCCGCUCAGAUCCCGAUCUCUCCGGCGUCCCACGGCUGGAUAAACCGGGCUCCGGCCGAUUCACUGGCCGGGUCGGGUCUGUACGUGCCGGUGCGGCGGCGAUGUCUCAUGGCCUCUCUUCCCUGAUCUUCAGGUUCCCUCCGAAUUUCGUGCGCCAGCUCAGCACCAAGGCUCGGAGGAACUGCAGCAACAUCGGCGUUGCGCAGAUUGUUGCGGCUUCUUGGUCGAACAACUCCGGUGCCGUCAACCCGGUGGUGUCGGCGGCUGCCGCCGUCGAUGCCGCCGCCAUCGCCGCUGCAGUUCCUGUCACACCGGUUGAGAUUCCGACUGGUGCUGACGGCUUGGCGGUGUGUGAAAAUGUAGGUUUAGAGGUAGAGAAUUUGCCUGAUUUGAAAGAGGCUGCUUUUCUGAGCUCCGACGGGAGCCUCGCAAUUCAUGCUGGCGAGCGAUUGGGUCGCGGCAUAGUAACUGAUGCAAUUACUACCCCAGUGGUCAACACUUCUGCUUACUUUUUUAAGAAGUCUCAGGACCUCCUUGAUUUCAAGGAGAAACGAAGUUUUAGUUUUGAAUAUGGGCGCUAUGGCAACCCAACGACAGUGGUUGCAGAGGAGAAGAUAAGUGCGCUUGAGGGAGCUGAAUCGACCCUUAUUCUGUCAUCUGGAAUGUGCGCUAGCACAGUCAUGCUGUUGGCAUUGGUUCCAGCUGGUGGGCAUAUUGUAACGACUACAGAUUGUUACAGGAAGACUAGGAUUUUCAUCGAGACCUUUCUUCCCAAGAUGGGGAUUACGGCAACAGUCAUCGACCCUGCAGAUGUCACAGCCUUGGAAUCUGCACUCGAUAACUACAAUGUUUCUCUAUUCUUCACCGAGUCUCCUACCAAUCCAUUUCUUAGGUGUGUGGACAUUGAGCGGGUUUCAAAACUUUGCCACAGAAAAGGAGCAUUGGUCUGCAUAGAUGGCACUUUUGCCACACCUCUGAAUCAGAAGGCCCUUGCUCUUGGUGCCGAUCUUGUUCUGCACUCUGCAACCAAAUAUCUUGGGGGCCACAAUGAUGUCCUUGGUGGAUGUAUUAGUGGUUCGUUAAAAUUGGUAUCAGAAGUUCGUAAUUUGCAUCAUGUUUUGGGUGGUGCUCUCAACCCGAAUGCUGCAUACCUGCUCAUCCGAGGCAUGAAGACAUUGCAUCUUCGUGUACAGCAACAGAAUUCUACGGCAUUGAGGAUGGCCAAGGUUUUAGAGGGACAUCCUAAGGUGGAACGUGUCUAUUAUCCAGGCUUGCUGAGUCAUCCUGAACAUGACCUUGCCAUGAAGCAAAUGACUGGUUUUGGUGGUGUAGUAAGUUUUGAGAUUGAUGGAGACUUAGAAACAACUAUAAAAUUUAUUGAUUCUCUGAAGAUUCCAUACAUUGCCCCAUCCUUUGGUGGCUGUGAGAGCAUUGUGGAUCAACCAGCAAUUAUGUCUUACUGGGAUCUCCCGCAGUCAGAGAGGCUGAAGUAUGGGAUAAAGGAUAACUUGGUGAGGUUCAGCUUGGGAGUCGAAGACUUUGAGGACUUGAAGGCUGAUAUACUCCAGGCUCUGGAAGCCAUAUAGAGCGGAUCACCUGCCGUGCUUUUUUAGGUUUUUAAUUUUCAUUCUCUUGGGUGUUUCAAUUGAGCUUUUGAUCGCCGAAUGUUGUGUGGUGUCCAUUUGACAGAUCAUGAAUAACUUAAAAAAUCUCUGUUAUUAGACUGCCCUUUUUCCGAUCUUAGUGUCUUGGUCUCUUUUCUUGCUAUUUGGCGCUGCCUAGUGUUUUUCGGGACUUCAACCGACUUAAGUUGAAAGAAAUGGAAUAGUUUCCUAUUGGAACCGAUGCUUCAUAAUUACUAGUGAAUUUUGGCAUGUUCCUCCUAUUGUCAAUUGUUAAUGAAGUCAAAGUCAAAAAACAUGAUUCUACAA